AUGCUCACAUCGCGACUUCUCCAACGAACUUUUUCGGCCGCAAGCCUGAAAUGGUCGCUCGUACUUCUCCGGUUCACUGACAACCAGAAAGAGUCCCCCAGACCCAGCGAGGUCUCCGCCUUCAACGAUUCCUCCGAGAUGGAUCCCGUCCAGAACGCUAUCCGAUUCUGGUCCUUGUCCAACGCCGAAAACGAACAAUGGUUCUUACAGAUGCUGACCACCCAAUUCGAGCCUCUCAUCGACAACAUCAAUUCCGGAAGACUUCAUGGCAGCUGGGAAUGGCUCACCGACAACGCAACGCUGACUACAAGCAUCGGUCUUCCACGGUACACUGGGACAACCUUCGAAGGUAUAGAGGCAAUGAACGACUAUCUCGCUGGCCAAUACAAUUCCGAACCCCGCAUGGAGUUUGUACCACUCCUCAUAACCUAUGGCCAAGGCCACAUUGCGUGUCAUGCGUGGUAUAGGCCAAGCGAUGAGGAAGUCCUCUCCAACCAUCCCGGCCACAACCUGCUGAUCACAGCGGACCUCAACGAUCACAAGAGACUAGUGAGCAUGGAAUUCAGAGAGUACACAAUUUGGGGACAGGAGACUUAUCCUGAAAGGGUCGACAAUUGCCGGGCUUGUAGGGAGAUAGCGUCCGAGAGGAGGAGUAUACUGAUGGAAGAGGACACAGAUGAGAGCUCAGGAGAUGAAAUAGAGCUGGGGUUCUGGUCAGACCCUUUUUGGCCAGGAAACCAUAACCACUGA